CCUCCGUAUGUCUCUCGCUAAGUUAUAAAAGUCUUCACAAGUUUACUCCCGAGUUCAGUCGCGCAUAAUCCGUCACUUUAUUUUCUGCUUAUUGCCAUGAAGCCAUUAAUAAUCAGCCUGAUAUGUGGGCUAGUGGGAGUUUCUGCAACGACUGUUGAGGUUUUUGAUGACAAAGCGUCUUCAUCAAAGUCUUCAGAGCCUGAAUCAGCAGCUGCAGAAACUGUUAAAGACAAACGGUACGCUGUUCAUGACUCACCCUCGUACUCUCACUCACCCACACCAUGCCCGCCGUUUUUCCCGCAUUACCACGCACCGAUGCCAGAAGUCCACUAUCCAAAGCCAGUUUACGGACCACCAGUCCACCCAAAGCCCGUCUACGGACCGGCAAUCCAUCCCAAGCCAGUUUAUCUGCCAGAGUACCAUCAUAAGCCAGUCUACAAAGUUCCUGAGUACCAUCCUAAGCCAGUGUAUGGGCCGCCGAUUCAUCACCACCAGCCAGUCCAGCUGAUCCACCAGCCCGUCUACCAGUCGUACGUACCCAAGCAGACGGUGUCUUACAUAAAACCCCACGUGUCCAAGCCAGAGUACCACUACUUACCCGCAAAGCCUCAUUAUGAGAAACCACACUUUGCGUACGCGCCCUCCUACCACCCAAUGAAGCACGAGUACCACCACGAGUACAAUAUCCACCAGACUUACCACACUCCCAGCCACUACGUCAGCAAGCCCGGGAUUGUCUACAAGGAGCCUGUUGACGAUUGCAAGCCCUGCCAUGAGCAUCAUCACGAAGCUUAUCACCACCACCAGCCUCAAAUUAUCCACGCUCCGCCCGUUUACGCAAAACCCCAGGUUCAUUAUCUGCCUACGCAUCCUCAAGUGUCGCCUAUUAUCAAACCACUCGUUCAUCACGCUCCUUGUCCAUAAUUAUUUUUAUUUUUUUUUAUAUCAUUAUUAAAUAUUGUUGGAAAAAUUAUAUUUAUAUAAAGAGAAUUUCUUAUAAUUGUAUCGAUCUCGGAGGAAUAAAAUUUUUAAU